GGAAGGGGGGAGGGAGGGGGAAGACCUGGCUCUGGCGGAAGCCUUAUACCCCAGCAGCCUGGGCACCAGCUGAGUUUCAGAAAGAAGCAUUCAGAUUCUGUGAACUUUCUUCCGAGCAUCCUUUCUCUGUGAUUUCCCUUUGGGUGAAAGAAGGGGCAGGGGGACCGCAGGACGGGAAAUCAUAGAAGAUGCUGGCCUGGGAUCCGGGAGACAAGGAGGAGGAGAGGCCGGGGGAGGGGAACAGCCUGGGAGGCAAUCUGUUCUGAAGCAAGCAAGGAGCAAGCGGGGAUUCCAGGAGGAGGGAGGGAGACCCGCGUCUGCCGCAGAUUGAUGGCUGUGUCCUUGGAACGGAAGGGAAUUUGGCCUCCACCUGCUGAACACAGAACUGCGCUGAGGAAGGCACUGGCUUGGAGAAGAUGCCAGAGCUCUGCCAGCUGACACUCAGCCUGUACCUUCAGGACUCAUGACUUCUUCUGGCCCCAGAGGCCCAGACAGUGGGCAUCACCUGGGGUCCUCCUCUCUUUGGGAAAAAAAGAGGCUUCCUGGGGAUUCCAGCAGCCACUGAGGCUGAGGACUCUCAGGCUUUUAGGAGGCCCAUGGAGACUCACUUCCUCCCGGGCCCUUUUCCCAAAACACCCACCCUGGGACCCCCUUGGACUCCAGCCCACCAGGCCACCGGGACAAAUGGCCUCUGAGACCUUCAACACUGGAGACCCAGGUGCAGCCCUGGCUUCCUAAUCAGUCCCAGACGUGGGACAGGACUUAAGUUUUCUCAGAAGAAGUGCCAAGGAUCUUUAAAGGGCACGUUUCAUCUCCUUCAGCCCCUCCCUCCCAGACACAGCACCAAGAGGAAACAUCCAGCAGGCAUGGGUGAGAGAGACACAAAAGAUCUGCAGGAACUCUUCCAGGACCUGCUGGCAGCCGACCUAGCCCCAUUCUUGUCCCCUCCCUUUCUCAGGUUUUGAUCAUCAUUCCAGACCCUAGGGGACCUCAACUGGGUGUCUUGCCCCCUAGGCUCCGGAAGGGGACCUCCCGUGGAUCUCAGGAAGCCCUCUGGUGCUCAGAGGCUCCUGGGAAAGUCCCUAGCCAUGAUACCACAUGCUCAGAAGCCCCACCUUCACAGACGCUGGCCCCAGAUGUAGCUGCCUUCCUGUAUCACAGCCUCUCGAUUCCAUGGACACAGUCCUCAUGGGCUCCCUCCAGCACUGCUGUUGCCAGCUGCCUAAGAUGGGUGACACUUGGGCCCAGCUUCCCUGGCCCGGGCCACCCCACCCAGCAAUGCUGCUGAUCUCCCUCCUCUUGGCAGCCGGGUUGAUGCACUCGGAUGCUGGCACCAGCUGCCCCGUCCUUUGCACAUGCCGUAACCAGGUGGUGGAUUGUAGCAGCCAGCGGCUAUUCUCCGUGCCCCCAGACCUGCCAAUGGACACCCGAAACCUCAGCCUGGCCCACAACCGCAUCACAGCAGUGCCGCCUGGCUACCUCACAUGCUACAUGGAGCUCCAGGUGCUGGAUUUGCACAACAACUCCUUAAUGGAGCUGCCCCGGGGCCUCUUCCUCCAUGCCAAGCGCUUGGCACACUUGGAUCUGAGCUACAACAAUUUCAGCCACGUGCCAGCCGACAUGUUCCAGGAGGCCCAUGGGCUGGUCCACAUCGACCUGAGCCACAACCCCUGGCUGCGGAGGGUGCAUCCCCAGGCCUUUCAGGGCCUCAUGCAGCUCCGAGACCUGGACCUCAGUUAUGGGGGCCUGGCCUUCCUCAGCCUGGAGGCUCUUGAGGGCCUACCGGGGCUGGUGACCCUGCAGAUCGGUGGCAAUCCCUGGGUGUGUGGCUGCACCAUGGAACCCCUGCUGAAGUGGCUGCGAAACCGGAUCCAGCGCUGUACAGCAGAUUCUCAGCUGGCUGAGUGCCGGGGCCCUCCUGAAGUCGAGGGCGCCCCGCUCUUCUCACUCACUGAGGAGAGCUUCAAGGCCUGCCACCUGACCCUGACCCUGGAUGAUUACCUAUUCAUUGCGUUCGUGGGCUUCGUGGUCUCCAUUGCUUCUGUGGCCACCAACUUCCUCCUGGGCAUCACUGCCAACUGCUGCCACCGCUGGAGCAAGGCCAGUGAAGAGGAAGAGAUCUGACAUGCCUGCCUCUCAUCCCUCCAUGCUGCUGACCGCCACAGCUGCUGGCCACCAGACGCCUUCCCUGACUGCUCACUCUGGUUCCAUGGUGACCUGGCUGCCUCAGUCAUGGUUCAAGCAAGGUGGGGACACUCAUUUUGUAUGAGCAUCUGCUUUGAGCCAGGCGGCACGCUAGGAAUUGGGAACAUCAGAUGAACUGACUCAGUCCCUGCCCUCAAGGCACUUCCCUCUGGUCAAGGAGAGAGAUCCAAAAACUAUUCCCUUUAAGACUAUAUGUCAGGACUCUGAGCACGUCAUUAUGGAGGCCCAGAGGAGGAGCCAUCCUCUGUAUCUAGCAAUGUCCAUGAGAAUUAUAAGAUUAGAGUGAUUUGUGAACUUGGUCAUCAGGAAAUAUCUACUUUGUCAGGUAGGCAAAGAAGGGUGUCUGCACAUGGCAGAGGCCAGAAUAUGCAUAGUGUGCUGUGUUGAGAAGAGUGAACAGUUCCUGGUCACUUACUUGUGUAGAGGGGGUGUGGCACAGAACUCAAACCUACUCCCCAUCUCCUGACACCAAAACUGUCAGCUCUCAGCAAUGCCAGCCACUGCCUCCAGGGAGUAAGAACACCUCUAUGACAGCCCCUGGCCUCCUUCCACCAGCAGCUACCAGGUGAGACCACCUCCCAGUGACUGCCCCCAUAUGACCAAAUGUCACCAGUUGGUGAGGUCCCAGGCAGCAGGCUGAGGAUGGACACUUUCAAUGCCCUUGCUCCUGCCUCUCACUCAAGUUUUGCUUCAGAAGAGAGAGGCAGGAGGCCCAGCAACUGGGGCAGCAAGAGUCCUGGCACCUUGGGAUCCUAAUCAUGUGACUGUUCUUGCCACAGUGCUCAUGCCACAGGGUCUCACCAGGAAAGUGCACUGUGGGCCACAGACCCACAGCCUGGCAGCACCCAGAGCUAAAAGGGGACAAAGGCAGCACAGUUAUGACCACAUGAGGCUUUGCAUUUUCUUCUGAGCAACUUACCCACGUUAAGCAUGAGGGUGAGAGAGCUAUUAAAUACUAAGCCCUUGCCAGUGUCAGGUACUUUGAAAAGCUCUCUCCACAAACCAUUCCCUUUAACACACACACACACAAAUCUUUUGAGGUGAACGCUGUUGUUCCCAUUUUACGGAUGAGGCAAUUAAGGCUCAGAGAGGUUAAGUCACAUGCCACUAUGAGCAAGAUAAAGUCCGUGCUCUUUCUACUGCCCCAUCCAAGUUGGGGAACAUCACCAUUCCCUCUAGAGUUAUAUAAAUUCAAAUUCAACUAGAGCUGACAAAGUUCCUCAUAAGGUCCAGGCACUCCUCUGGGCACUUUUAUAUCUAUUGACUCACUUCUUUCAAUUCUCACAGCAACACUGCCUGGUGGUUUUUAUUAUCCCCAUUUGACAGAUGAAUUAAUCGUAGAGAGUUGAGUGACUUACCCAAGGUUGUCUGGAUAAGCCCUAGAAGGAAGGCGGUAGGCAGCUCCAUUCAGGGAAACUGCAUCUAAUCAGUCAGUCAAAAAUCAAGUAACUUUACGAGCAAAGCACAAUUAUCAUCAUCGUGGUCUUCUUCAUCAGUUUCGUCAGCAGCAUCAUUAUCUUCCCUCUAUUUGUUCAGCACCGGAUAGUUCAUGAGUAUUUUUGCAUCAUUCUCCUUGACUGUUCACAUCCCUGUGCAGGAGGUAAAUCAAACAUCAGUAAUCCUGUUUUACAGAUGGGGAAAAAAGUCUCAAGAUUGGAUAUGACUUGCUAUGUGGCAAGGUUGGGGCUCAACCCUAACACAGUUCUCUUUCCAGUGCUUUCUCAAGUGCUUGGGGAAGAGAAUGCCUCAGAAGGCUGGGUAGUGGGGCCUGGAAUUCAGCAUCCAUGAAUGUGCUAGUGGAUAAGCUAAAUAGAAGGCAGUCAAACCCAUCUGCUGUACAGAUUGAACUAUGCUCACGGUAGGGCAAAUUGCAGGCUCUGAAACAGAGACUACACAGGUAACACCUGAAUAGGAGACUCCUGCUUUACAAUGUGUAGAUAAAACAUCAGCAAUGGUGGCCAUGGUGGCAGUCAUGUGAAAAGUAAGAUCUUUGGGAAUCAAGAAAGGAAGCCGUGUUAACCACUCCUUCUCAAGCCCUGCUGUGUGUGUUGCAAGAGAUACUAAGAGAGCAAGAAAGCUAUAGGUGAGAACCUCUGCAGUUUAGGAGAAGAACAUCAAGGCACAGUCCAACAUGCUGAUAAGUCUGGCCAGGAGGAGAAUUAAAACAGGGGCUUUCCACACCUCCCUUGCCCCAAGCUCCAGCAGUAUUCUAUCAGCCCAUCCUCCUGGAAAGCCUGAAAGGAACGAAGGAGGCUAAUAUGUCAUCUUCCAGGAAGGCAUCCCUCACUCGUGCUUCCCUGAGCUAGUCAACCAAAAGAGUCUUCAGAAACUUUGCUAGACCUGAAGUACUUGAACCUGUGUCCCCUGAAUCUUGCUUACAACAUCUGGGACAAAUCCCUGGCCCUGUGACAUCCGAAGCAGAACUGUGCCCUGCUCUCUCCUUCUGUGAUGACCAAGGAUGGUGAACUCAAGCUGUUCUCUAGAAGCCAGGCCAGCAACCUAAAUACUUGGAGAGGAACUUUUAGAAACUAUAAUCCUGACAAAAUAGAAAAGUUUCCCAUAGGGGCAUACCGUAAUACUAUAACAACCUCCCAGGAACUAUUGUUUGCCAAAAUGUAGUUAAUAUAUUUUAAGAUAUAUGCUUUUUUGCAUAGGACUAGAACCAGAGAAGACACCAAAUGCCCCCUUGACAUCAAUGUCCUUUCUAGUGGGACAAUUUGGUCUCCAUUAAUGCCAAACCUUUCUGAAGAGGAUACAUGGCUUUUAAAGGACAGAUGUUUCUCCUGCUGCUAGAAGCUCGUCAGUUUACUGGAGCACAAUGAGGAAAAUAUUCAACCUCCUUACUGCCAAGGAAUUCCCUGCUUCUCCCCCACCGCCAUCAUCUUGUCCAAGCUGUCAGAAGCAACCUUCUAGAGAUAAUCUAACAAUCCUGAUUAGAAUUGCUCCCAUAUCCCUGGUGACCACAGGCUUCAUUCAAAUUGUCCAAACUGGUUAACAUGUAUGUGAUGGGGUAUCUCUGCAUCUGUAUGUCUGUCUGUGAGGUUCCUUGUAUAUUGGCUGUCUGCUGACAUGGGACAGAUCUCUCUGGAACUUGGGUUCAGUUCUCUGACAUAGUCCACUCAGCCAUAGGCUGAGUGGCUAAAUAUGCAUAAAUAAGCAUGCCUAAAUAGGCAUAUAUAGUUUGGUGCAAAAGUAAUUGCGGUUUUUGCCAUUAAAAGUGAUAGCAAAAAUCGCAAUUACUUUUGCGCCAAUCUAAUAUUACAUUGCUUGAUAGAUUAAGAUGGAAUCCCACCAGGUUUAGGGUAGGACUGGAUGCUCAAAAAAUAAAGAAGGAGAAAAAUCUGUGGCAGAGGCAUCCUAAUGAGAACUUGACUUCUCCUUGCUUCCCUCUGCUCUCUCCUGCCCCUCAGAGACUUGUCCUCAUUGCAGAAGCUUCCUCCAUGCUAGGCCAGAGGAUAUCAAAGUUUAGUUUGGUCAAGAUUUGGGCCAAGAAAAUGCCUUUUUAGAAGAGCCCUCAUAUCUGAAUCACAUCACUUUGGGCCAGUUAUCUCUGGUCACCCUCAGACAAACCCUCAUCUCUUUUUCUCCCUUCCUAGAGGAAUUCCCAGGGAACUUUGCAGAAAUAGGUCUCCAGAGUUGCUACAGAGGUUCAUGGCUCCUUUCAUGGAGGGACAUGUAUGAAAUUUGAACAGAUCAAGACAGGUGUUUGUCUUCAACCAUGGGGGAAGACCUCCAGCUUCCAUUUUCCCCUAUAGGUGUCUGUGCUGACAUCCUUUCCAGCAGUAGAAGACUAAAAAGAUAUAUCUUAACCCAUUCCUCAAAAGGACAUCUUCCUAAAGCCAGAGAAAAUUGUCUGCUCUUCCCCACCCCAGGAAGAGGCAAAAGGGAAGUGAGGGCGUCACAAGGUCUUUUGUAAAUCACUAUUGUGUUUGUCACAGCACUGGGCGGAGAGCUGGAUCCACAGAGCUCUCAGUUUUUCUAAGCACUGUCCUGUAAUGUGCUAAUGUCUGGGGGUGGGAGGGCUGGGGAGGGGUGGGGUUAGAGGGAAGAUGCCAACCUUUGUAUGGAGAUGAUUUUAUAACCAUGUACUUUUGUAACUGUGAAGAAUUUUUCAUAAGUGUACAUUAAUAAUAAAGAGUGUAUAGUUUAACAAAU